CACUCACGCCCACCACGCCGCUGGUGAACGGAUCCGUCCAUCCCGUACACCGCCCAACCGCUGUUCCAGUACCCGCCUCGUCGAGUUGAGCUGAGUUUAGGGCCUGCGGGAGCUGAGCCGGUGGUCGCGCUGCCCGCGUCGAAUGGGACGCCACCCGGCGCUUGGAGCCGGGCGUGACCGCGCGCUGCCAGAGGUUCCCUGAGCUCGGCGGCGGCGGGAGCGUGGCUGGUCCGGAGCGCGCCGCGCGUGCAAUGGGAGGUUCGAGGGGGGUUCCUGCGAGCCGCCGCGGCGGUCUUGGUUCUGCAAGCGCGUGGCCCAUGCUUCGCGAAGGGUAGGGUUGUCUGUCUAGCUAGCUGCUGCUUGGUCUGAUGAGCUCAGUUCCGGCGUCCCGCCUCGGCUUCCCCGCACGCUUGCUCCGUCGGCUGCCCAGAACCCAGCUUGCCCGCUCCGGCGCUUCUCUUCGCUUCUUCGGGAAAGGGUGGAGCUUUGAGGUGGUGCGGGUGCUCAGCCGAGGACUCCGGGCGAUGACGCCCGCAGUGGCGCGCGUUUGUCGCGACAGUCCUGGGUUCGGAUAGCGAGUUCCUCGAGCGGAUUUGGCUGCUGCUGCAUCCUGCGUGGGAAGGGGAGGCGGCGGCAGCAACAGAGGAAGGGGAGGGGUUGCUCUGAAGCGGAGGGGGAGCGGGCUGACAUUGCUGCUGGGAGCAUGGCGAGCUUCUAAGGACGCUCAGCUCCCGUAGCCCAGCCAUUCUCAUCGCAGAGGAGCAAAGAUAUAUGGUCUUUUGUGCUUUCUCUUCGAGUCCGUGUGCUAUUUGACAAUGCAAAAUGGGCAUAUCCUUGUGGAUUCUCGGAAGAAAAGCAGAAAGUUCGAAGGCAGAAAACUACUUCAUGGCUAAGAGAGCAAGUAUUACAGCUUGGCCCAACGUUUAUUAAGCUCGGGCAGUGAUCCUCCACUAGAUCUGAUUUAUUUCCUAGAGAAUUUGUGGACGAGCUUGCUACUGAAAUGUAAAGUUACCAUGUGCUCCUGAAAUGUAAAGUUACCAUGUGCUCCAAUUACUUCUGUGCUAAAUGAGGUAUAAUCAAUAGGUGCUUAUGCUCCAAUUCUUUUAUGGUGACCAUCUAAAAUAGAAAACAGCAUGACAAUUGCUAUGUCAUCAAACAUGAUCAUCAUCAAUACUAGGGUUUCUUUAGGCCAUGUUAUUAGUCUUGACCUGUCUAGGCAGCAUUGAUGCAUGUUCAUGUGUUCUUUUUCUUAAACUAUAAGUCAUUAUUUGACUAUGUUGUAUUGUUGUUGGCAUGUACCAAUAUUUCAUGGCAAAUCUUAUAUCCCAAGUUUUGUAUAUGCCGCAGAGGACUAAGUACAACAACAUGGAGCCGGAUGCUGUUGAUUUCUUUGGGGAAUGUAUGAAUAGUCCCCGAAAUGGUCGUACUCCGCUUGCAAAUGAGAUAUAUGAGCAAAUGGUUGCAGAGAAGGAAAGAGAGCUAGAAGAAGGAGAAGCACAAAAGUCACCCUCCAAGCUCAACAGGCCACACUUGAAGAAAACCAAAGUUUGCUGCGCCAGACCCAAGAGGAAGUGAAGGGGUUGCAUACCAAGUUUGAAGAGACCAAUGCACUGCUACGAGCUGUCCUGAAACUUCAGAAAGAUUGAGGUAGGGAUGCAUACCAAGUCUGAGGAUGAUGCCUUUGCUUAAGGUUUUUCUACCUUGCUAGAACAUAUUUUGUGGUUAGAACUUUGUCAGAACUACGUGCAAUCUGUUUGAAUGCUUCGAACCUUUGUGGUGGAACCUUUGUAUGUUUGAACCUCUGUUGUGGAAGAACUAGUGUGCUGGAAUUGUGUAUGACUUGUGAUGAGAAUGUUGUGUAUGAUGGCUUUUCUGUGUAUUAUGAUUC